AUUUUCAUUUUUCAUUACAUCAGUUUAUAGCAAAGCAAAGCGAAGAGGGAAAAUGGCGUCUACUGCAUGUUUCUUGCAUCACCAAGCUUUCAUCCACGCACCAUUAAUUCCUAGAUCUUCAUCCUCACAGCACCACCGCCCCAGCAUCAAGCCCUCCAAGCUUGUGUGUAGGGCUCAGAAUCAGCCGCUAAUUAAAGAUCAUCAAGCAGUCCAAGGAGGCGUUUCUCGGAGGUCGGUUGUCGAUGCGCUCAUUGUUGGUUCUGCGGCGAUUGGCUCUGCGCUUGCAUUUGUGGGUGCAGGCUAUGCUGACGGUUCUUCAUCCGACCCGUUACAGCCGACAGGUAAACAGUCGUGGCCUGAGCUGGUUGGAGAGAAAGGAAAGGUUGCAGCAGCGACGAUCGAGAAAGAGAAUCCGAAUGUGAAAGCAGUGCUGUUGUUAGAAGGAAGUCCAGCCGAUUUGAUGUUCAAUCCUAGCAGGGUUCGGGUUGUUGUCAAUGGAAAAGGGGUGGUGACUCAAGUGCCUCGAAUUGGCUAGAUCUCUACAAUGUGUAUCAUUGUGCUAAUAUGCUCCUGUUGGUCCAUCAUGAAUCAAUGUUAUGAAUAAACACUUUCCUGCUCAUGGUGAAAGUUUUUCUUUACAAAAAAA